AUGUCGUCAGUUAUUGGUAUUGCCUUCGGUAACACCACCUCUUCUAUUGCUGUUGCCACUCCCGAUGGGAAGGUCGAUGUGAUCGCUAACCCCGACGGAGACAGAGCCAUUCCAUCUGCUCUGUCGUAUGUUGGUGAUGACGAGUACCACGGAGCCCAGGCCGUUGCUCAGUUGGUGAGAAACCCAAAGAACACUGUGAUCAACUUCAGAGACUUUAUUGGAAAAUCGUUCCAGGAUAUCGAUCUGUCCAAGAGCCAGGCCUCUGCCGUGCCAGUAGAUGUCAACGGUAAGAUCUCUUACAAGCUCAACCCGGCAGACAAGGAAAUUUCUCUCAGUGUGGAUGAAAUCGUCAAAAGACACUUGGUUCAGAUUAAGGAGGCUGCCGUUGAUUACACGGGAACAAAGGUUGAGAGCGUGGUGAUCACGGUUCCUACCAACUUCACCGAGGUGCAGAAGGAGGAGCUUGUCAAGAUUGCUGCCGAAGCAGGUCUCAAUGUCAUCCAAUUGAUCAACGAGCCAACUGCAGCUUUGCUGGCACAUUUGUCUGCAGCUGACAGACUCUUGGAGGACAAGAUUUUUGUGGUUGCCGACUUUGGUGGUAUCAGAUCCGAUGCUGCUGUAAUUGCCGUCAGAGGAGGUAUCUUCACCGUCCUUGCUUCUCAGCACGAUUUUAACCUGGGAGGUGACUCCCUAGACGAUGCCCUUGCUGAGUUCUUCUCCAAAGAGUUUGAGAAGAAGUUCAGUGCCAAUCCUAGAAACAGUGCGCGUUCGCUCGCCAAGCUCAAGGCUGCUUGUAUCAUCACCAAGAAGACUCUGUCCAACGUCCAGACCUCGACUAUUUCCAUUGAUUCUCUUGCCGAUGGCUUUGACUUCCACUCCACCAUCAACAGAUUGCGUUUCGAGCUGGUCGGAAGAGCUGUCUUCACCAAGAUGGCUGAGUUCGUCGAGAGCACAGUGAAGAAGGCUGGUUUGGAGAACCUCGAUAUCGACGAGGUCUUGCUGGUUGGUGGUACUUCCCACAUUCCGAAGGUGUCUGCCAACAUGGAGGCCAUCUUCCCAGAGACUACCGUGAUUUCCAAGAGCGUGGAUCCUAAUGAAUUGGCAUGUCGUGGUGCUGCCUUGCAAGCCUCUAUGGUUUCCUCUUUUGAGAAGGAGGAGAUCUCCGAGUCCUUGCAGCCUGUUGUUGUGAACACCUUGCACCUGGCCAAGCCAAUUGGUAUCAAGGGUGCUUCUGGUGAGUUCAUCUCUGUGUUGUCCCAGGAGACUGCCUACCCCAUCAAGAAGUCUGUGAUUAUUGAGUCCAGUGCAGAGGAUGCUCUGGUGGAGAUCUACGAAGGUGAGAGACACGUCAAGGAAACCGUUGUUGAGGCUGAAAAGUACUCUGAUGACGAGGAAGACGACUACUCUGACGAAGAGCCCGAGGUCGUCAAGUCUGUGGAGUACAAGCCAGCUGAGCUCUUGGCCGAAUUGGUGCUGCCACAGGUGGGUGCUGGCUCCAAGGUCGAGGUGAUUCUCAGCAUCGAUAGAGAGAACAAGUUGAAGAUCACUGCCAGAUCCGGAGCCGUUGUCGUUUCCGGUACUGUGUAA